GGCGGGGCGAAGGGUGAUAGCCCUUCUCCCCGCGCUAAGGCCCGCUCCUGCGCCGGAAGGAGGAAGGCGUGGGGCGUAGGCCCUCUCCGAGCUGCGGAGUCGGUCCGACGUAGGUGCGAGGUCACGUGACACCACUGUCAGAGUGGAGGAGCGGGACCGCCCCCGUUCCCUUUCGGUCACGCGCUGCCGGAAGUGGUGGCUGCUGCAGAGAAUUUGAGAUGGGGACCUCCCUCGACAUCAAGAUUAAAAGAGCGAAUAAGGUUUAUCACGCCGGGGAAAUACUCUCUGGCGUGGUGGUCAUAUCUAGUAAGGAUUCCAUUCAGCACCAAGGGGUGUCUUUGACCAUGGAAGGAACUGUAAACCUCCAGCUCAGUGCCAAAAGUGUGGGCGUGUUUGAAGCUUUUUAUAAUUCUGUUAAGCCUAUCCAGAUUAUCAACAGCACCAUAGAAAUGGUAAAGCCAGGGAAAUUUCCCAGUGGCAAAACAGAAGUUCCUUUCGAAUUUCCUCUGCACGUGAAGGGUAACAAAGUUCUGUACGAGACUUACCACGGGGUGUUUGUCAACAUUCAGUAUACGCUGCGCUGUGACAUGAGGCGGUCCCUGUUGGCCAAGGACUUGACAAAGACCUGUGAAUUUAUCGUUCACUCUGCCCCUCAGAAGGGGAAGUUGACUCUGAGUCCUGUGGACUUCACGAUCACGCCUGAAACCUUACAGAACGUCAAAGAGAGAGCCUUGCUCCCCAAAUUUCUCAUCAGAGGACAUCUCAACUCAACGAACUGCGUCAUCACGCAGCCGCUCACGGGGGAGCUGGUGGUGGAGAGCUCGGAGGCCGCCAUCAGGAGCAUAGAGCUGCAGCUGGUGCGCGUGGAGACCUGCGGGUGUGCAGAAGGCUAUGCCCGCGAUGCCACAGAGAUUCAAAACAUCCAGAUCGCUGAUGGGGAUGUUUGUAGGAGCCUCUCUGUCCCCAUAUACAUGGUCUUCCCCAGGCUGUUCACCUGCCCUACGCUGGAGACCACCAACUUCAAAGUGGAAUUUGAGGUUAACAUUGUUGUGCUCCUUCAUGCUGAUCACCUUAUCACGGAGAACUUCCCGUUGAAGCUCUGCAGGAUAUAGCCCGGGAGGAGGGAAGCACAGAAAACAAGCGUGGCCACGUGGAAAUCCAGCUGGGUUCCGACUUUUUCAGGGAGCUACAACCAGCAGCAUGUACUUGUUUUCGUGAUUAUUCUGUAUCAGAAAUGAAAUGGACUCCUGAAAUU